CCUGGAUUAGCCUCCUCUGAUUUCGGCAUGGCUCUCUCUGAAUCCUGGUUCCAGGGACACACAUUUGAAUAAAAGGAAGGAGUAGCUAGGUUAACAAAAUGGAUGUGUAUAUAAAACAGCUUACAAUGCUCAUCUAAGUCUUACAAUCCCACCAAGACUGACCAAAUAAAAAAAAGGCUUAUCUUUUACAAAUACAUCCAUUAUUCAUAUCCCAGAACUGAUAUUCUAUUCAAAUAUAGAUAUCUCCUUCCCAUAUUUUACAUGUUUAUCUUCUUGUAUAAGUUAACUGCACAUCUGUUCUCUUCUUCUCUACAUCCCCCUCCACUGGAUCUCAACAAAUCACACAUGCUCUAACAGACAAUCAAGAAGAAAUUACAGAAAGAUAUCCAGAAGAAGCUUGAUCCGAUCACGUCUUCCCUAGCAGAGCUGAAGGUGCAUCGAUUUUAGAACUGACGAUAAGGAUCUUGUAAUUCAGAUACUUAUGGAUUACUUGGACUGGGAAUGCUCACCGAUCAUAACAAACAUAUCGUCUUCAUGGAGCAAUCAAGAACAUGAAGUUGCAGAGGCUUUCACUGCUGAAUCCGGUUGUGCUUAUAAUGGUCUUGAAAAAAACGUCGACGAUAUGAUAUUCAAUCCAAUCCAACAGCUCAACAGAAUUUCUUAUGUCACUGAGGCGCCAGUAUCUCAAUCUCAUCAUCUCCAAUACUAUUCAAAUCCUGAAAAUAUACUCAACCAAGUGGUUCAGCAUUUAGCACCGCCAAUUGAUUCAAUCAUUGUUUCUUCGAAUCCAAAUUAUCCACAAAGCCAAGCAGAAGCUGUCAGUACUUUCUCCCAAGGCCGCCCUGCGUUGUGUUCUGUAAAAAGGCCUCAUAGUGUAAUGAUGGAUAACACAUUGAGUGGCCUAAUGGCUGAUAUUGGCAUGCCAUACAAAGACGGUAAUGCUUUUAAGGCCAUCGCUUCCACCAACGUUGCCUCUCUCGAGUCUCUGGAUUGCUUACUAUCUGCCACAAACAGCAAUACUAGCACUUCCAUUGAAGACGAGGGCGUAAAUUCUAUUUUCUAUCCUGAUAAUAGUCACAAAAACGUGGUUACUAAGUCGAUAGGCCAAACGUCAGAUGGCAAGAAUUCCAGCGGUUUCUGCCCAAAAUCAAAGAAAAGGAGAAUCUUGGACAAGCCGCCAAGUUCAUCAAACAUAAGCUUUCAACAAACCAACAAUAAUUCACUGGCCACUGCUAAUUGUGUGCUGGAGGAGCCUGAUUCCGAGGCAAUAGCACAGAUGAAGGAAAUGAUAUACCGCGCAGCAGCGUUUAGGCCAGUGAAUUUCGGUGAUGAAGUGGUGGCUAAACCAAAGAGAAAGAAUGUGAAAAUCUCCAGUGAUCCUCAAACUGUGGCAGCAAGGCAACGCAGGGAAAAAAUCAGCGAAAAGAUUAGGGUUCUGCAGAGGCUUGUUCCAGGUGGAAGCAAAAUGGACACAGCAUCAAUGCUAGAUGAGGCUGCAAAUUACCUCAAGUUCUUGAGGUCACAAGUUAAAGCACUGGAAAAUCUUGGCCAAAAGGGUGAUUUUGGGAAUUCCCCAAAUGAAAGCCAUGCUUUAGCUCCAUUUUCCAUGCAGAACAGCACUAGUUUUUCCUUUCAAAACCCUAAUCCCACCGGCCACACCAAGAUUUGAUAAAGUUGUGAUCAUGGUACUGUUAAUUUAAACUUUUUUGAAUGUAUUCCAUAGAUUGAUAUCUUUCUAAAAAGUUAGUCAUUAUCACGAUCAUGUAAUCAUAAAUAUCAUGAUUUAGUUAUGUUUACCUAU